AUGAUCCUUGACACGAGGGCUGUCAAGCAGGAGUUCAUCGAUCCCGACACGACCGCGCUGCCGUCAGCUGGUGCUUGGCGCGGCUUGAAGAUCCCAGCCAGCCACAACCUCUCGCUGAGCCAGGUGGACAUCGAGGCAGCCUUCUACCGCAUCGGGGUGCCGCCUGGGCUGGACGAGAUGUUCGUGCUGCCUGCGGUGCCCGUGGACGCGCUGCUGGAGGCGCUGCCCGAGGUGGACAUCGGCCCCCGGCUGGAGGGCAAGGUCGUGGCGGCUGGCAUCCGCGAGAGCCGCAUCAUUCAGGACAGGUGCGUCGUGCCCGAUGUGAGCGAGGUCGCUGGAGUUGCUGUGUACGUCGACGGCGUGGCCGCCAUCGGGUGCGACCCCGCGUCCGUGAGCUCGACGAUAAAGCAGGUCCACCAGCGUCUGGAGGCCAGCCAUCUGAAGUGCAAGGGCGCGCAGUCGGACCCGUGGGAGCAGAAGUUCACGGGCUUAAACUUCGACUUCGAGACGGGCCGCAUCUCCGUGAGCAGGGGCCGCAUCUGGAGGUUCCGCCUGGCGCUGCUGGAGGUCGCGGGGCGCGGCUACUGCAGCGGCGACGACAUGCUGUCGCUCCUGGGCCACUGCGCGUGGGCCGCCAUCUUGCGGCGCUACUUGCUGUGCGUCUUCCACAGUGCCUACCGCUUUGCGCGUGCUGCAGGGCCUCGGCGGCGGCGGCUCUGGCCCGAGGUGGCCACCGAGUGCCGCGCGGCAGCAUCUCUCAUCGCCUUCGCCCACCUGGACGCCAAGCUGGACGUGGACCCCGUGGUUCUGGCUACGGACGCUUCCACUGGCACAGGAGACCUGGAGGGCACGGGUUUGGGAGGCUUUGCUGCGACGGAGAAGACCUGGAGUCAGCACGACGUUUGGGCCGCGGCCUCCUGCAUGGAGCGCUGGCGGUACAAGUUUGAGGGCGCCGUUGGGGCCCGUCGACAUGCCCUCCAGGCUGCGCGAGACCUCGAGCGGUCCGACGAUGUCAGGGAGUUGACGGGCGUGACAGGCCCUGUUGAGGAUCUAGAGAUGUCAGACGCG